AUACGUCAAUUAAGAAUGUAAAAGCUAAAAGUAAAAGUGGUGCUAGCUCUUUCAUCCAACUUUUAAGAAAGAAUCUAGCGUGUCUUGUCUGCUGCUUUUGAUUUUGGAUUAGCGGAGAUCGUCGUCAUCAAUGUCAUAAUAUACCCUCUAUAUAUAACUCGUUAUCAACCAAGUGCAACCUCAACUUGAGGUGCGACGACAACUAUUGUUACAUAUAUAACACAAUUUAGGAGUAGAGAUAAGGUGAAGCUUAGAAUUUGGUGAUGGCGGACAUGCAGAUAGUACCGGCUGGGAGAAAUGUAGAACCUCAGUAUGUGGAAAUGAUGGUGCCUCUCUACUCUUAUGGUUGUGAGAGAAAAGUCAACAAGGUUCUUUCCCAUAUCAAAGGGAUAUACUCAGUGAAGGUAGAUUUCGAACAACAGAAGGUGACAGUAUGGGGAAUAUGCAACAAGUAUGACGUACUAACCACAGUUAAGAGCAAAAGAAAAGAAGCUCGUUUCUGGAAUGCAGAAGACAACAUUGGUGUAAUGCAAGAAUCAGAUUCUUUAUCAACCCCGCCUUCUCGGCACCGAUUUAGAGCCUCUGCUGCACCACCUUUGGCUCUCUUAACGACUCGAUCUCUAAGCUGGAGAGCUUUAAAAAAGGCCUUCACAAGAACAUACUCAUUCUAAAAUUACGUGCCAUUCUUCCCCCGCCUUAAAAGAAGUAUUGUGUGAGCAUUAAUGUAACUUUUUUUUUUUUUUUUUUUUUUUUUUUUUUUUUUUUUUUGUGUGUGUAAAUAGUUGCCACUUAUGUUGGCUAUUCAGUUUUCCCAUCUUUGGUUCCUAAACAAUCCGUUAUGUUUUGAUUA